ACAAUUCCACCACCCUCGUGGCCGAGAACGACGGGGAACACGCCCUUACGGCAGACACUGCAUGAGCUGCUAGAGAACGUGUCUGCGAUGGUCGCUGCGUACCUCGGGAUCCUUGCCGCUGCGGGUGUACUCGUCCGUGUGGCAGAUACCUGCACGGUCGGGGAUGAGUUCUGAAUAGCGGACUGAUCGGCAGGAUGCCUCACCUGUGUAGAGGAUCUUGAUGCGGACUUCGUGGGCGCGCGGGGGCGCGACCUCGACCUCCUCGAGCUUGAGGGGCUCGCCUGCGCCCCAGCAGACGGCGGCCUUGCACUUGAUGACUUGCCCUGCGGUGGACAUGGGUGUUGUGAGAAAGGAGGACGGUGUGAGGGGCGAUGUCUGCCUGGGUGGUUUAUAAGGCGGGCGGGGCGUUCUUCCGUGGCCGGGACUUAUCACUUGAUCAUCGCCCGUCUGGAGUCGGGAGGGGCAGGGUCGCUCAGGCGGUCAUCCGCGCCAUCUCGUGUACUCUCAUGUCUUUUCAGAACAUCUACUACAAGCGGGCGGUCGCCACCGCGCGCCCGUGCUAUGUCUGCCGCAAACCGUCCACGACCGUCCUCGCGACAAUCCAGACCGUAGACUUCCUUUACACAUGCGACACACAUCUCUCAGACCCCGGGUUCGCCAGUCAGGUGGGCCAGGCGAGCGACGGCGUGGGGGCCGGUGGCGCGAAGAUGGGUCUUAGCCCGGACGAGAUAGCCAAGGUGAAGCAGGAGUGGGAGGAACGGCAGAAGAAGCACGAGAAGGACACGAAAGAGAAAGAUAAGGACGGGGACGAGGGCGACAAAAAGUCAGAGUCGGCGGGGGACAAGGGCUCCCAGAGUCCGCCCAAGGCAACCGGCUCAGCAUCAUCUACAGUAGCCAGUCCUCCUAUGAAACCCUCGCAUGAGCGAUACGCCCUACACCGCGACAUCUUCGCCUUGCGGCUCGCGGAGCAUCGCAAACGAAGACAGGCAGCUCAGGCUAAGGAGCUUGCACCACGGCUUCCAGGAGCCCCUCGCGCAACCCUGCCGCCCGCUGCUUGACGAUAGCAUCCACAUGCGUGCUGAGCGCGGAGUUCUUGCUUUCGUAAGUAACCGCUGUUCUUAAUUCGGAAGUAUUCGGAGAGUAAUGCGCCUAUCCAAACCUUUUGUCUGUCAGAUGUUGCUGUCGUUCACUCUUCCUCUUGCUGUGUCACCACGGACGGACUGUACGGGUAAGAACCGAAUUCCCUCGACUGUGUCUCGCAAAUAUAAUCCUGGACAGACGCUCCGGUGUAAAGGGCGAG